AUGAGGAGGAGGAGGACGCUGCCCGCGGCGGGAGCCACGACCGCCGGGAAGCUGCUGCUGCUGCUGCUGCUCAGAUAUUUUCUAGUGAAGUCAGAGCAGCAAAUCAACCAUUUAAACAUCUGGUGGAACCUUCUGGUUCCGCUGCACCCUCAGUUAUUCUGGGUUCUGCUGCUGAAGUUUCAUGUCCUGAGUCUGAACUCUGCUCCACUUGUUCUCGUCUCGGUUCUGCUCCGAGUCUCCCUCGGCUCGUUCCGAAUAGAUGAGCGCCGCUUGUUCUCGUCUCCGUCUGUCACGUCGGGCGGCGCCGGGUCACCGGAGGUCAAACAGGCGACCAAUCAGAAGCCUCCUGGUCCUCGGGACGAACCUAAGCCUGACGACGUUCUGAAGGUUCUGCCCUCGAGGUGUUUUCUGGUCUCAGGUGUUUCUGGGAAGCAAACAUCAAAGCUGUCACGAGCUCGUCGCGUGGUCCGGUGUAAGGAGGCGGACAACGCAGCCAGAACCUGGCAGGCGCCCAUGUCGCCCUCAGACUUCUUGGACAAGCUGAUGGGGAGAACGUCAGGAUACGACGCCCGGAUACGACCCAACUUCAAAGGUCCUCCGGUCAACGUCUCCUGCAACAUCUUCAUCAACAGCUUCGGCUCCAUCGCUGAGACCACCAUGGACUACCGGGUCAACAUCUUCCUCCGGCAGCAAUGGAACGACCCUCGACUCGCCUACGCCGAGUAUCCGGACGACUCCCUGGACCUGGACCCGUCCAUGCUGGACUCCAUAUGGAAGCCGGAUCUGUUCUUCGCCAACGAGAAGGGGGCCCACUUCCACGAGGUCACCACGGACAACAAGCUCCUCAGGAUAUUCAAGAACGGGAACGUCCUGUACUCCAUCCGGUUGACGUUAACUCUGUCGUGUCCCAUGGAUCUGAAGAACUUCCCGAUGGAUGUUCAGACCUGCAUCAUGCAGCUGGAGAGCUUCGGUUACACCAUGAACGACCUGAUCUUUGAGUGGCAGGAGAACGGACCGGUCCAGGUGGCCGAGGGACUGACGCUGCCUCAGUUCAUCCUCAAAGACGAGUCCGACCUCAGAUACUGUGCUGCAGGUAAAUUCACCUGCAUCGAGGUGCGGUUCCACCUGGAGCGUCAGAUGGGCUACUACCUGAUCCAGAUGUACAUCCCGUCCCUGCUCAUCGUCAUCCUGUCCUGGGUCUCCUUCUGGAUCAACAUGGACGCCGCCCCGGCCAGGGUGGCACUGGGCAUCACCACGGUGCUCACCAUGACGACGCAGAGCUCCGGCUCCAGGACGUCGCUGCCGAAGGUGUCCUACGUCAAGGCCAUCGACAUCUGGAUGGCGGUGUGCCUCCUGUUCGUCUUCUCGGCGCUGCUGGAGUACGCCGCCGUCAACUUUGUGUCGCGGCAGCACAAGGAGCUGCUGCGGUUCAGGAGGCAGCACAAGAGCAAGAGCAAGGAGGGGGAGGUCCAUGAGAGUCGGAUCACCUCCCCGGCCGCCGUCACCUCGACUCCCAGCAACAGCAAAGACUCCAAGUCGAGCGCCAACAACGCGGUGGCAGCGCCCAACGCGGCCGGCACUCCGGCCAACGCUACCCAGAAUGCACCUGGAGCGGCGGGAGGAGGCGGGAGGAGCACCGAGGAGAUGAGGAAGCUGUUCAUCGACCGAGCCAAAAAGAUUGACACUGUGUCGAGGGCCGGCUUCCCUCUGGCCUUCCUCUUCUUCAACAUCUUCUACUGGGUCCUGUACAAGAUCCUGAGACACGAAGACGUCCACAAACCAUAG